AUGGCAGACUUUGCCAACACAGUUGUGGGCUUGUGGGAUCUUGCAGUCCGCAUCGCCAACUUUGCCAACGACAUUCGAUCAGCUCAAGACGACUUUGUCGGUCUCCGAGCCGAGGCCGAAUGCCUUUUGAUCUGCGUCAACUCUCUCAACUCCCCUUCCUGCCGCGAUGCACUGUACAAAUACAUCACCGCUGACCAGGCGACCGAUCUAGAGACCCUGGUCAAGAACACCCGACUUAACAUGAAGGAGCUGAAUGAAUUCAUUGCAAAGUGUUGGAGAUUGGUAGAAAAGGACCUUGGAAGGGAUGGACUCCGACGCAGGGGUUGGAGGAGGCUCGGAAUGCGUUUGAAGCAGAUUGUUGCAAAGACAUGGGCCAAGUAUUGGUUUGCUAUGGCCGAUAAGCAGGCUUUUCGAGACAAGCUAGUGUUGCCUGCCCAGAGCGUCAACAUCUACUUGACGAGCUUGACGCAUAUUGGCUUGGUGAAUGUUGGCUUUUUGAUGCAGCUGAGUGGUCAUGGGAGUGGUGGCUGCAGUUGUGCUUGUGGUAGUGGGAAGGGAGGUGGAGGAGGUGGUGGUGGUGGUCGCUCUGGUGGUGGCAGAGGAGGAGGUUCAGGUCCAGAUGGCGGCGCCCCUGUCAUUGUGGUUGAUCCACUUCGUGACUGGAAGGCAGUGGGAAGGCAACUCGCUUUCAAAGAAGCAAUUGCCCGCAGGACAGAUCUCACGCCGGACCUCGAGGAGGAGAUCAUUGCAUAUGCUUUACACUUGAUGAAUGGCGGUGCUCCCUUCAACUCGAGGCCGAGCGGAUCUGGCAGUACAGGAGGCAAGCAAAAAUUUACUAAGACGACCAAAACCACCACUCGAGUACGCUCCCGAUCCAGGUCUCGAGCCCCUCUUGGAUCGGGAGGGCGAAAAAGUGACAGAAUGUAUCUGGUCCGCAAAAAGUCGACCAGUAAGCCAUCAGCAUCACGAGUCGAGAUUGUGGACUUGGAAAGGACAUCCGAUACUGAUGGCGACUAUCCACGACGGCCACUCCUGGCUCUGCCUGCACCAGAUACUCCCUCGUCUGGAUCUGGACCUCAAGUAAUAGAGAUCAGGCCUCCUGGGCGACAAUCUGGGUCUCCUUUGAGUGACGGAUCCGAUUCCAGUGGCCCAGGUCGUCGUCCUCCACGAUCUCCGACCCCGUCUCCUCCACCCUCCCCACCCAUCAUCACUGCAUCCGGAGCUCUCCAUCCAGAUGAUGACCAUAGUGACGCUUCGGUACGUCGGUUUCGGAGGGCUCAGUCACCUCGGAUGCGUCAAGCCUCAUCCCGGACUGUGGGGUUGGACAUGUCUCGUGAACAAUUACAAGCACGACGACGAAUGGUCCUGGAGCAAAUACAGGCCGAGGCAGAUGCCGCGGCCGCCGAACUCGAAGCCAAGCAAGCAGCCUCCCGUAACGAGAGACGUCGAUAUCGCCAUGAAUUGCGUCAAAGUUCAGGCACUCAUCAUGAGCCCUCUGCUCAGGAAGAACAUGAGGAUGAUAAAAUGGAUGAUAUUCUGGAGAUGUGCAGCAUCAUCGAAGAGGAGUAUGGUGUCCGCGUGGUGCCUUUGCCUGAAGGUACCCGGGAACCAAUCUUUGCGCCAAAGGUGAAGCCUGCUGUCCCUCUCGAGGACGACGAGGCUGGGAGCGAUCACAGUGGAGAUGAGUUUGUCCGAAGAGACGAAAGUGGGAACAGUCGUCGCAGAAGUGAAGCCCGCAAACGUGAAACCCUCAGUCGGCGGACUAUGGUCGAGUCUAGUGCAAGUGAGCGCAGCGAAGAGGAGGACGAAAUACUGGUAAAGUCCAUGUCUCGGAGACAAGGCAGUCGCUUGAAAGCAGAGACCAGUCUCCUGGGGUCAACGAUGGCAGGGCAAUCCCAUGGACCACGCACCUUUGGCUACGAAGACCCUUAUGUCCGAAGUAGGUCACACAGCUAUUAUCCUGAACCAGGCAGCUACCGUCAGGCUUCGAGAUUCGAGCCAUAUCCGACGAGACCAUACGACAGAGCUCGAGAGCGAGAACGACGACAUUCUGAGUACCCUUCGGCAUUCUACCAGGACGAGAAACACAUCAGUCCCGAACGUGCACAGUACGUGAGGUUCAAAGAGCGUAAUCGGCGUCAACCAAACGUUCGAGAUGACAGCGACGACGACUCGUUAUAUGGCACCGGUCGCCCUGUCCCUGGUCCUAAGGGUCCUGGCCCAGCACCACCAGCUCCGCCGCUUGUCAUCCGCACCGACCAGCAUAUGGAUGAUGUCGUUAGGGAAAAUGAACUAAAAGAAAUACGGCGGCCCUAUGAGCGCGAACGUGAGGUUGAGCGUGAGAGGCCCUCAUUGAUCAUUGCGGAGGACCGCCCUCCACCUUCAUUCCGGCCACGAGUAUAUCACCAUCGAAGUGCGCCAGGCGAUAUUCAACAUCCUCAGGUGAUUAUCCACAGACGCGACUCUGGUAGUGAAGAUGAUUACGAUCAGCGGAGUCGAAUAAGCAGGGCCUGA